AACAAUGAUGACGCUAUGAUGGCGUGUCCUAUAAAAGAGGGAGAACCUCCAGCCUGUCUCCUCCACAAACACACUGAGAUUUAACUUCAUUAGGAAAACAAGGCUCCUGCUGACAUGAAGCUGGGAUUGCUGUUGGUGUUGGCCACGGCCGCCUUUGUGGCACAUCUGUCUGAGAGCAAGAUCAUCUCGAGAUGUGAGCUGAAGAAGAAGCUCCAGCAGGCCCUGACCGUUACCAAAACUAACGACAAAAUCCUAGCUCUGGUUUCCUGUGAAGUGGAGAGAAGAUCCCAUCUGGACUCCAGCCUGGUCAUGGGGAACGCUGUGCGCCCACCUCCAGCAGCCACACCAACCGCACAGGCGGCUGCUGGUAAUAACACGGUCACUGUCGUGGACACCAGCUCAACAACCUCGGCUGCAGCUGUUAGCGCCGCCAACGCCGGAAACAGCACCGUUGGGAGUUUGAGACGAAAGCGAGAGGCUCGAUUUGAUGGGAAACGAGGGGAAUCGAGAAGGAACGAAGAUGAAGAUGGCGUUGAUGACAACAGUGAAAAUGACCACAACAAGGAAGAUGAAGACAACAAAAAUGACGACAACAGUGAAGACGAAGACAACAACGAAAAUGACGACAACAGUGAAGACGAAGACAACAGUGAAGACGAAGACAACAGUGAAGAGGAAGACAACAGUGAAGAGGAAGACAACAACAGUGAAGAUGACGACAACAGUGAUAGCAGCCAUGAUGAAAGUGAUGAUGAGAGCAGCCAAGAUGAAAAGAACAACGAAGAAAUCGAUGAGACCAAUGUUGUGAAAGUUGGGAAUGGAAGCCAGGAGAUGGUAACUCAGGCAGCCACGGUUGCCAUGGACACAGCUGGGACGUCAAACAGCAUUGCAGGUAGCUUGAGACGAAAACGAGACGCUCCAUCCAAAAAGAGCCACAAGAAAAAAGGAAAGAAAGACGACAGAAAAGACACAGACAGCAGCAAAGAAAACCAUGCUGGUAAGCAUGGUCAGGAAUCUACUUCUUCAGGUGAAAGCCAUGAAAAGGUAACCAAUGGCGUUGUCGGGGCAACAACCAGUAAACCCACCACCGCCGCCGCCUCCUUCACUGCUACAGGCACCGCUGCUGUGUCAGACAGCACCUCUGCAGGGUUCAGAAAAAAACGAGAGGCUCGGUUCAGGAGGAGUCCAGACAGCAGAAAGGGGAAAGAUGAGAGUAAGGAAGAAGAGGAAAGCAAAGAAGAGAAAGGUGGAAAAGGCGGAAAACACAGCCAUAAACCUUCUGAAGUGGGAAGCCACCAACAGGGAACCGUUAAGCCAACCCGGAGUGCUGCCUCUGUUCCGUCCACCGCCACUGCUUCUGCCACUGCUUCUGCAGCAGUGCCCAGCACCACAGCCAGGCUCCUCAUACGGAGACGACGGGCUUCCUCCACGGAGACGGAAAAGGACAAUGACAAAGAUGACAAAAGCAAAGAAACCCAGGGAUCUUCUUCUCAAGAGGACCACUCCUACAAGCCUUUAAAUGGAUCCGUCAGCUUUUACGGCCUCUUCCAGCUGUCCGGCAGCCUCUGUGAUUCUGGCAACAGCGGGUCCAAAACCGAGUGUGGCACAAAGUGCUCAGCCUUCAUGGAUGACGACAUAACUGAUGACGCUAAAUGCUUCGUGGAGAGUGGCUACUGGAGAUCAAUUCUGAAAGAGAUCUCCAGCAGCUGCCUCAAGCAAAUGGACACCUACUUUGCUGGAUGUCAAUAAGAAACUCCACAAAUCCAGUUUCUACCUUUUUAAAAAAGACUUUUAUUUUCCUGUCAUUAGAACUGACAUCCUUUGGUGUUUCUGUACUGAAUCUAAUGCUUUUCUCUCAAUAAAAGUGCAUUCUGAAAUGGAUGAACACGUUUUCAAACUGAAAACAUGAACGUACACUGCAAAAACCGGCCCCUUAGAAAUUGGUCAAAAAAUUCUUAACACAUUGGUAGAUUUUCUUUAAAGAAGCAAAAAAAUAAAAAUACCAAAGGGGGUUAGGAUAGAAGGUCUUACCAAGAAUUCUUUUUUUAAGUACAACAUUGUAGUCACUGGAGCCUUGUUUAUUUUAAUGUUGAAAAAACAAGAUAAUAAUCUUAUUGACAAGAUAAUUUAUUUUGGAAAUAAGACAAAGCUUCUGGAAAGAAGAGUCUUUUUACUUUUUAAAGUUUAGUUUUUGCAUUGUAGCUAUAUUUAGAACAAGGUUACUUCCUCAGUAUGUUGUUCUUUUUAUUGGUAAAAGUGAUUUAAAGUCCUUUUUUAGACAUAAGCACAGAAUUAAACCUAGAUCAUUUAAAAUGUAACAGUUUGAAGUUCUGGAGAGGAUAAAUGAGGACGUCAGAAUGAAUGUUGUGGAGUGUCUUCAAGAAAAACGCCAGAAAAGUUUACUUUUUGAGCUGGGAUUUAAAAAAUAGUUCAAGUUUUGACCGGGACUGCAAUGUUUAAUUGAUGUAAUCGAUUAAACUGACAAUAAAAUCUUACCGUUACAGAA